GUAUUGUUUACAAACACACGAGGCGGCGGUGGUGGUGGCGGAGGCAGAAGAAGCCACGUGAGGCCAUAACACACCAUUCCCAGAGCCUCAACAGCCUCCAGACUCGGGGAAUAGCCGCGAGGCCUCCCCAGAAUGCACACAGACGGCCGGCAGUGUGAGGUGUGUCGCGGGGCGGCUGCCAAGUACAGGUGUCCGCGGUGCAGGCUCCAGUACUGCAGUGUUGGGUGCUACAAGACCCACCAGAGUGAGCUGUGCCGGCCCGCCCAGCCCCCAUCCCGCCAGGAGGUGCAGGACACUGAGGCCCGCACCUCUAGGCAGCAAGUCCUUUUCCCCACGGAUGACACUGUUCCUCCCCGCACGCUGGAGAAGCUGAGAAAAAACGACAAGCUGAAAGCCCUGCUCGGCAACCCACACCUUCAGGAUAUGCUUGGUGAGGUGGACGGGGCCGCCAACGCUCAGGUGGCGAUGCGGCGGGCAAUGGUAGAGCCGAUCUUCACCGAGUUUGCGGACGUUGUGCUGGGCGUGGUGGAGCCUGACCUCGAGGCUGCCAACGCUCCUCCACCCAAGAAUAAGAGGGAGGCAAAGUAGUGGGCGUGUGCGUGGUGGUGGUGGCGGUGGUGAACGCGGCGCCCCACCACAGCUCGGGGAGGCACCUGCGCGUGGCUGACGGGACACUGACGGGGGGUGGAGGCGCGAAGGUGCUGGCGGCGGCGCGGGGGAAGCGGAGCGUGACCAAGUUUGACGAAGAGGAGUGUGACGAGUGGGAGCUCCUAUUAUCGCCGUCGAGGAAGCGUCCACACCAGCAGGGAGGUCCUGAUGAUGCCACGAGGAAGAGGGAGGCGCUGGAGGUCGACGUCGGCACGGGGAUAAUCGUUCAACCAGGAGGCAUAACGACGCAGCGCCCAUUCCGCUUCCCGCAAAACCGCCCCUUCACCCCUAUCGGGCCUGACACCACCACCCAACGACCCAUCAACUUCCCCAAUCCUAGACCCCAACGUCCUCAAGCCACUCCCUCACCCCCAGUUGGUCCCACGCAGCCACAGCCUCCUUCCACGAUCUAUCACAACCCGUUUUUCCCCACUAAUCUUUUCCCAUCGUCCAGACCCAACCCUUUUUCCCCUACUCCAAUUACCCCGGGCCCAGUUCCUCCAAGCUUGACUCCUCAACCGGUACUCCCUUCAGGUUUUACCCCAGGGCAGACCACACCGAACUCUCUCUUCCCUGGUUUACCCACUCGGAGACCCAGCUUUACCCUCCCAUCGAAUCUAGGACCAGACUAUAUCCACCCUACGACACUCCGCCCGAGGUACCCAGGAGGUUUCCCUUUCUCUGUGGCCCCGACUACGCGAAAACCAUGUAGCUGCCGGAACCACACGAGUCCCACCGCCCCCCCUCCGGUCCUUUUCACCCCUGCGGCUCCUAUCGGGCAGCCAGUCUCCCCUGCCACACCACAGAUUUUACGCCCAUCACCUGUCCCGUCGCCUGUCACUCCACGCCCACAGUUCCCCACACUACUUAGAGGCCGACGCCCAACGGUAGCUCUUGGACCGCCUGCUACCCAGCGCCCACGGUUCCCAAGUUUUACAGGAGUCCGCCGCCCAUCACCUGUCGGAUCGCCUGUUGCCUCACGCCCGCAGUUCCCCGAUCGCUCUUUCAACAUUCCACGCCCUAUUACGCCUCUUCCUGGGGGUUUCGGGGCUACUGUGAGACCGAAUUUCACCCCCUUCACCUCUUUCCCCAAUAACCAAGCUCGCCCUAUCAUCAUUGUGCCUUACAACCCGCAAAAUGUCAUCGGUGUCAAUACAAGGCACCCGACGUCCAACUUCUUGCUGCCUCGUUUCCCCGAUCGUCAGCCAACCAACGCGCGAGGCUUCGUUCCCGCCCCAUCGCCUCUCAGAGUGUAUUACAUCAAUCAGGCGAGGCAACAAGCUCCCAAAGAACAAAUCAAGCUUAAUGAAACCACAGAAAAAUGACCCCAUUCGUGAUCCCAAAGGAGAAAUCGAGAUGAAGGAGACCAAAGAGGAAUGACUUGACUCCGGCCGUUCGUGGGUCGCUCAAGACUGCUUGUUAAACGCCGUGCCAGGUGUAAUGCGGCCUCCAAAGGUGUUAAGAACAGUUUUUUCGUAUAAAGUUUCUCUGGUUUCUGCUUCAAGAGUUAAAAUAGAACAUGUCAUUGAUUUGUAUGGGACAGGUAUGUAUAUGUGUGUGUAUGGUAGCUUCUGGAGAUGAAUAAAACUUAAUUGGAAAGCAC